AUGGCUCCGUCUUCGAAAGGACUUAAUGGCAAGUUAGAAAAGCCGAAAAGUGCUUUACAAGCAAUUGUAUUGUCGGAUUCUUACAACUAUCGGUUUCGUCCUUUAACAUUGGAUAAGCCAAGAUGUCUUCUUCCUUUGGCAAAUACCCCAUUAAUUGAAUACACGUUUGAGUUUUUAGCCCUGGCCGGUGUACAAGAAGUUUAUGUUUUUUGUUGCGCUCACGCCGAUCAGAUUCGUACUUAUAUUGAAAAUUCCAAGUGGAACUUGGCUUCCUCUCCGUUUAGCGUUCACACGAUUGUCUCUCGGGAAUCCCUCUCAGUCGGUGAUGCUCUUCGAGAGUUAGACUCCAAACAAUUAAUUACUUCUGACUUCAUCCUGGUUUCGGGUGAUGUAGUUUCCAAUGUGCCUCUAAAAGAAGUUUUGGAAGAGCAUCGAGCAAGAAGGGAAGUAGACAAAAAUGCAAUUAUGACAAUGGUUGUUCGUGAAGCUAGUCCCCACCAUCGUACUAGAGCAAGUACAGAAAGUUCUGUUUUUGUUAUUGAUAAGAAGACAAGUCAAUGUGUGCACUACCAAGCUAAUGAGCGUGGAAAACAUUAUGUAUCAAUGGACCCGGAGAUUUUUAACGAGCAUGAAGAGCUUGAAAUUCGAAAUGAUUUAAUUGACUGUCAGAUUGACAUUUGUUCCAACGACGUUCCUGCUCUUUUCACGGAAAAUUUUGAUUACCAAGACAUUCGAAAAGAUUUUGUUUAUGGCGUUUUGACUUCUGAUUUGCUCGGUAAAAGUAUUCAUUGUCAUGUUGCCAAAGAAAAUUAUGCUGCUCGUGUUCGCAGUUUACAAACUUACGAUGCUAUAAGUAAAGACGUUAUUUCUCGAUGGGUGUAUCCCUUUGUUCCUGACAGCAAUCUAUUAAAUCAAAGUUUUACAUAUCAACGGUAUCAAAUCUAUAAAGAGGAUGAUGUUGUUUUGGCCCGCUCUUGUGAAAUUAAAGCUUGUACACUCAUUGGCGCCUUUACCAAGGUUGGUGAUGCGUCAAUCGUUGCUAAUACAGUGAUCGGAAGAAACUGCAUAAUUGGAAACAAUUGUAACAUUGAUGGCGCUUUCCUUUGGGAAAAUGUUAAGAUUGGCGAUGAGUGCAAAAUUGGAAAAGCUAUUAUUGCAAAUGAUGCACAGAUUGGUCAUAAAUGUACUAUAGAAGAUGGAGCUAUUAUUUCUUCCGGAGUUAUCAUUGGUGACAAUGUCAAUGUUACUGAAAACUUGCGUUUAACACCUCAUGAAAGCCACUCGCAGGGAAUACCUAAUGACCCUGCUUUGGUAGGAGAUCGCGGUUUGGGUCAAGAAUAUCAUGCUGAAGCCGAAUCCGAAGACGAAGAGGAGCUUAUGGAGGCUUCUGGUCUCAUACAUCGCGUUGAAGAUCUUAAUCUCUCUGACUCCGAAAUCUCAGAACUUUCCUCUUCCUCCGAGGAAGAUAUGGAUUUCGUUCCUUUUUCUGCCAGACGUGAUUCGGCGAAUACCAUAAACUCUGAUGAUUUUGAUGAGGGCGACUUCAAUAAAGAAGCUCAGCAAAGUAUCGAGCGUGCCUUUGAAGAAAACCAUUCUAUUGAAAUUGCCGCACUAGAAUUGAAUACACUUAGAAUGGCUAUGAAUGCCAAUUACCAUGAAGUUCGUUCAGCUAUUAUUCUUGCGAUCCUGAAACGUAUUUCCUUUGUUGAUGCACCUCCUAAGGAAGCUAUUUCUAAGGUUAUGGCUCGCUGGGGUCCUCUACUUUUGAAACUUACGUUUAACCAUGAUGAACAAGUUGAUAAUCUUUUCACUCUUCAAAAGUAUUGUAUUCGUUUGACCAUGGAAAAACAAUUUUUGCAAUUGUUGGGUUUUCUCUAUCAACUUGAAAUUGCGGAAGACGACGCUGUCUUGGACUGGUAUAAUGAUUCACGAUCAGCCGAAGGUGACAUUGCAGUUUUGAGAAACACCUACGGCAAACAAUUUGUCGACUGGCUCAAUACCGCUGAGAGUGAAAGUGAAGAGGAGGAAGACGAUGAAGAAGAUGAUGAAUAA